AUGAAAUCAAUUCUUUUGAUUGAAAGACGGAGCUCAGCUCCCAUCAAGCUUUGCAAGCUCACCGGCGCGACAUAUUAUGAAAAUUGGGGGGAUCACCCUCCUACUAGAGCUUUCCGCCGAGGGGAGCCCACACCGCCGGGGCCUUCUUUAAUGGACAUGAUUCGACCUGGCGAGCUCGAGGAGAACGAGGCCACGCUUGAGAUGGCUCGAGAGGAGCUCAGAGAGAGAUCUCUUGAAGCCUCGCAAGAGGAUCCAUCGAACACUGAGAGUGAAACUUCACACGGUGGCCCAAUCAACGAGCGUGACGUCGAGACUAUGCAAAACGAUAGUAUUCCUUGGAUAUCGUCACGAGAUGAGGAGCAAAUCGUGGAUCACCCGUCAAAUGAUAAGAGGGAUACUAGCACCGCUGCUUCAAGCGAUAGCUUUCCAUGGGUAUCAGAAAGGGACGAGGAGGAAACCGACAGCUCUUAA